GUGCCAUCUUCUUCGCAACCAUCCUUCUCACCUAUACUGCGACACCGCGCUCGCUCACUCUGUCCCAGACGUCGCCGCGCCGCACUCGUCACUCUUCCCUUACCGGCCACCCUACUAUCCCCUUCUCCUGUCCAUGGAGCCGCUUAAUCGCUAGCUAUUGUGUCUCUCAAGUGCUGCGGGGUUCCGCACACUGAGGCACCUCCACGGGCACGACGGCCUCCCCCAUCAUGACCGCCGAGCCCGAUCUACCGCCCAGUUCAAGCAGCGCCGAACCUGGUUACCGGACGCAAUCCCCAGUGACUGUCUCCCAUGGCACCCCAGACACUCGUCGUCCAGAGUCGAAACUAGGUGCAUUAUUCCCUAACCUCGCUGUACGGUGCGCACACCUCCCCAAAACAACAGUAAACGCCGUUUGCGGUUCUGCGGCGGGUAUAGCCUCUGGUAUCGUGACUUGCCCGCUAGACGUCAUAAAGACGCGCCUUCAGACGCAGGACAGUUUCCGACCGCGCAGCCAACCAAGACCGACACGCGCAGUGUACAACGGUCUUUUGGGCACGGCUCGCGUGAUUUGGAGUCAUGAUGGCUUCCGCGGCAUGUAUAGGGGGCUCGGCCCGAUGUUGCUCGGCUACGUACCCACCUGGGCCACCUACAUGAGCGUCUACGACAUCGUGAAGGAAGCGACGAAGAAGCGAACUAGUAACAAGUGGGCCUCUCAUCUAUGCUCCGCACUCUCUGCAGGAGCCUGCUCAACGCUCGUUUCAAACCCUAUAUGGGUGGUGAAAACCAGACUGAUGUCGCAAGUGAGCGCGCGAGCAUCAGACGCCCACAGACCGCCGUGGCAAUACAAAGGUACAUUUGAUGCAUUUUGGAAAAUGUACAAGAGUGAGGGGAUAUUAGCCUUCUACUCUGGUCUUGCACCCGCCCUUCUCGGGCUUACGCACGUGGCAAUACAAUUUCCACUCUACGAAUUCUUGAAGGAGACAUUCACAGGCUCGCCUAUGGGUGAGGCGACAGACGAGGAUCACAACGUGGUACACUGGCCUGGGGUGCUAGCAGCGACAGUUCUCAGCAAAAUAUGUGCAACUUCGGCUACGUAUCCUCACGAGGUCCUUCGCACGAGGCUUCAGACACAGCAACGCUCCUUGCCCUCGGCUUCGCAUAAUGAGGUGUCCUUCCGCGGCGGGCUACAAGGUGUGUUCCACCACACGCGUCCACCGGGGACGUCAUCCUCCGACGGGAUGGUCAAUGUCCCAAGGUACCGCGGCGUCAUUACGACCUGCAAAAUCAUCCUCCGGGAAGAGGGUUGGAGAGCCUUUUACAACGGGAUGGGUACCAAUAUGGUCCGCGCGGUGCCUGCUGCUGCCACCACCAUGUUGACAUACGAGUCACUGCGGUCGCUCCACAAGAGGUUGAAGAGGGAAGGUGAAGAGAUAGAACGAGCAAUGGCAGCAUAAUACCCGAAUGGUUGGCGUUUGCGACGCAGUUCCAUACACUGGCGUUAAUACUCCGUCCGGCUUCAUCGGGGCUUUUUCCCUUGGAUCAGCUCAUCUGUACAUAAACAAAGCAUCUUUCUCGGGGAACGGGGCAGGGUGGGACAGGGUUGGGCGGCAUUGGUUCGGGUCUAGGGUUCUUGUUGAUGAUCGAUCGAGCGGUCUGUCAGCACAGCAAGCGCAGGUGUUCUUGGGCGUCUAUUUCUUUACAAUACCGGGUCGUUUUUGUCCUCUGGCCGGCUAACGUUGAGUAUAUGUAUAGUACCCCUCUAUAUAAUGCAAGU